UUUUUUUUAAAUUUUUCACAAUCUGAUGAGAUGGACAGUCGAUACUCUUUCUUUAGAUACCAAAGUAUACCCAGGUAGAAGUGAUUAAGGAUUACUUUUGCGAUUGUACGACGAAAGCAGCAACUGGGGAAUCAGCAUUCUACGUAUUUAUUAGAACAGGUUUAUUUAUUUAUUGGUGAUUCCAUUUAUUUCUAGGUUAAUUAAUUUUAUUAUUUAUUUUAAUUCAUUUCAUUUUAUUUGCAUAUAUUACCAUGUCUGACGAGAUCAUUUGGCAAGUUAUAAAUCAGCAGUUCUGUGCUUUCAAGAUAAAAACCGAUAAAGAGCAGAAUUUUUGCAGAAAUGAAUAUAACGUUAGUGGGUUUUGUUCCCGUCAAUCAUGUCCUUUAGCAAAUGCAAGGUAUGCUACGGUUAAGAAUAUAGAAGGUAAGCUCUAUUUGUAUAUGAAAACGGCUGAAAGAGCACACACCCCAUCGAAGAUGUGGGAAAGAAUUCGGUUAUCCAAGAAUUAUAAUACUGCUUUAGAGCAAAUUGAUGAAAAUUUACAAUACUGGCAAAAAUUCUUAAUCCAUAAGUGUAAACAGAGAUUAACCAGAUUAACCCAAGUUGCCAUUACUGAAAGAAGAAUGGCAAUGAGAGAAGACGAAAGACAUUAUGUUGGUAUCAAACCAAAAGUUAAAAGAAGAGAAGAAAAUAGAGAAAGAAAAGCUUUAACAGCUGCUAAAAUUGAAAAAGCCAUUGAAAAAGAAUUAUUAGACAGAUUGAAAAGUGGUGCAUACGGUGAUAAACCUUUGAAUGUUGAUGAAAAUAUUUGGAAAAAAGUUUUGGGUAAACAAUAUGAACAAGAAGAUGAAGAUGAAGAUGAAGAAGAUGACGUUGAAAUUGAAAGUGGUGAUGAAGAUAGUGAUGUUGGUGAAGUUGAAUACGUUGAAGAUGACGCUGAAGAUGAUUUUGUCGAUUUGGAAGAUUUAGAAAAAUGGUUAGGUGAUUCUUCUGCUUCUGAAUCCGAAUCGGAUGAUGAAAGUGAUGAUGAUUCCAAAUCUAAACAUAAAAAACGUUCUACUACCGAACAAGGUCCUAAAGAUAAGAAAAGAAGAAGACCAAGAAUUGAAGUUGAAAUUGAACAAGAACAAGACCAAGAUCAACUCCAAACAAACAUCGCUGCUUAGUCUAGCCCUUCAUUCUCUUCUAGUGUAUAGUAUUAAUAUAUCAUAAUGUAACUAUCUGUCA